UCACCACUUCUAAAAAUAGAUCGUGAAUACAUGGAAGCUAGAAACCAAACAGCUAUCUCAGAAUUCCUUCUCCUGGGAUUGACAGAGGAUCCAGACCUGCAGCCCCUCAUCUUCAGCCUCUUCCUGGUUAUCUACCUGGUCACAGUGCUCGGGAACAUGCUCAUCAUCCUGGCCGUCAUCUCUGACUCCCACCUCCACACCCCCAUGUACUUCUUCCUCUCCAACCUGUCCCUUAAUGACAUCUGUAUGAGCACAACCACCGUACCAAAUAUGCUAGUGAACAUCCAAACACGGGACCGGAGCAUCUCUUACACAGGCUGUCUUGCUCAGAUCGGUUUAGCCUUGGUUUUUGGUGGUUUGGAAAACUGUCUCCUUGCAGUGAUGGCCUAUGACCGUUACGUGGCCAUCUGCCACCCACUCAGGUACACAGUCAUCAUGAGCACCCGCUUGUGUGUUUUACUGAGUCUUUUCUCCUUGGGCAUCAGCAUUGUGUAUGGACUACUGCACAGCCUGAUGAUCCUAAGGCUGUCCUUCAGCUCAGUCGUGAAGAUUCCUCACUUCUUCUGCGAACUCCCUCAGAUCAUCAAGCUUACUUGUUCUGACACUUCAGUUGAUAACAUAGUAAUAUAUGUGGCAGCUGCCAUCUUCUGUGGUGUUCCUGUGUUUGGAAUCAUGCUUUCUUACACUCACAUUGUGUCAUCAGUGCUGAGGUUGUCGUCAUCAGAAGGAAAGUAUAAAGCCUUCUCUACUUGUAGCUCUCAUCUCUCGGUUGUCUUCUUGUUCUAUGGGACAGGGUUUGGGGUAUACAUUAGCUCCACGGUAGCUGCCUCACCCCAGAAAACUGCAGUGAUUUCAGCAAUGUAUUCUGUGGCACCUCAGUUGAUGAACCCUUUUAUCUACAGUCUGAGGAACAGGGACAUGAAGGCAGUUUUGUGGAGACUUAUUGCUAGGAUAGUUUCUGUUCCGUGA